UAUGUAUUUACGAUAACUGACGGUCACAGAUCUAAAUGUGCUUCAUGUAAUUUUAUCCGUGCCUGCAAAGCAAGCAAACACUGAGCAAUCAUCUGAAAAUCUUAUUUAGGCAGCAGGAUUGCAGACAAGCUUAAUUAUGCUGCUCAUUUUAAUUUAUUUCAUUUCAUUUUGGUAGGAACAAGAAAUGUUAUUUCACUUUUCUAAUUAGUAGUAGCUUCUAAAGCAAGCCUUAUUGUUUUAAUUAUGGGGAAAAAAGUCUUUGCGGGAGCCAGACAACAUUUUCUGCUUGAGACUCAUCAUCUCAAAAGCCUCCCUGAGGAUACCAAUGUCAUCCAGAUCUGGCAGCACAAGAGACUAUGAGACUAGCGGCCAGUCACGCGAUUAUUCAGCUUCCCCACCAGUCCCAGAGUCUAGUGAUACUGAGACUGAAGGUUUGAUAUUUUAUCACAUGGAUCUCUAUGGAUCAAAGGAUAGGUUUGAUAUCUUUCCUGAAGAGAUCUCUGGUCGAGGAGACAGAUCUCUGGGGGAUACAAGACAGGAAUCUGCAUUGAGUGGUAAAAAAGUUCAGCACCCACAAGAAGUUGGCUAUGACUUGGAAAAGGAGGUUGCAGAGUUGGCUAAGAUGUAUGGACUUGAUGAGGAUAGAGAAAAAGAGCUUGAGUUUCUUGGAGGACAUCUGGAGAAGGUGAAGAGCAGACGGCCACCUGCUCACACAGAAAAAGCAGGAUCGCAAGGCUCUGUAUAUAACACGUCAAAAAGCAGCUCUUCAGUGAAAGAUCCAAGUCAAAGCACAAAGCAACAAGGACUUCCUGAUGAGGCUUCUCAAGGUGAAAAUCAGAGCAAAGCCAGGGGAGAUGAUGAGGCUGAGAGCAACAUAUGGUCCAGAGGCGGGCUAAGCAGUGGCGGCAUGUCAGACGAGUGGAAUAGUCAGGCUGUCAGUGAAGAGGAGGAUGAGGAAGAGGAAGAAACAGCAGAUGUUUUUUGUUCUACCUGCAAGAUUCCAAUCCGAGCUUUUGACAAACUAUUUGGUGAACACAAGGAUCACGAAGUUGCUCAGCUCCCCAGUGCUGUGGAAAGUGAAAAGGAGGAGAUCCAUAAAAACAUGUGCAAGUUGGAAGAACAGAUUGCUCAGAUGGAAAAUGUUGCCAGCCAUUUGGAGGAGAUUUUCAUCACUGUGGAGGAAAAUUUUGGGAGGCAGGAACAGAACUUUGAGGUGCAUUACAAUGAUGCAGUGCAAGUGCUCGCGCAGAAGUAUGAAGAGCAGCUGGAAGCACUGGGAGAAGAGAAGAGGCAGAAGCUGGAAGCUCUCUAUGAGCAGCUGGUCAAUUGUGGGAAACAUCUUGACACCUGCAAGGAGCUGACAGAUGAAACUCAGGAGCUUUUCCUGGAAAAUGACAAAGCUGAAUUCAUGAAGGCAGCAGUAACCAUGGUUGACAGGCUGGAAGAAUUCUUAAAGAAAGAAGUGGAUUUAGAGCUUUCAACACUGCCAGACUUUGAAGAGCGGGUCAUAGAUGUCUCUGAAGUUGAAGAACUAAUGAACUCCAUUAAUGCUAUUCCAGCUCCUUGUGCCCCUGUGAUCAAUCCCCAGGCUCCCAACGCAGCAACUGGCACUUCGCUGAGAGUUUGCUGGGGCCUCUUCUCGGAUGACACCGUGGAGUGCUACCAGCUGUGCUACAAACCUGUGAGCAACGAGAGGCACAGUGAUGGGCAAGCAGAGCAUACACUAAAAGUCAAAGAAACAUACUGCACCAUUACUGAUCUGUUGCCAAACACACAGUAUGAAUUUUGGGUCAGUGCUUUAAAUGCCUCCGGUAUCAGUCCACCAAGUGAAAGAGCAGUUUAUGUAACAGCUCCUUCACCACCUACCAUAAAGAAUAAAAAGAUCCAAAGCUGUGAAAACGCAGCACUGGUGUGCUGGGAAUCCAGAGACAUUAACCCUGUUGAUUCCUACACAGUUGAACUGUCCAAGCUGACAGAUGAAGAAAAUGAUGAUAUUAUUACUGAAUCUAUUGUUGGGAUCCCUAGCUGUGAAGUCCUAAUUCACCUCCAGCCAACACAAAAGUAUCGCAUCUGUGUCAGAGCCCAAAACCUGGGUGGCUCCAGUGAAAGAAGUGAACCUGUCCUGAUACACACCACAGGCACCUGCUUCUACCUUAAUGAGGACACAGCCCAUCCUUUACUGGCAAUUCUAGAUGAUGGAUUUACCAUUUCAUGUGAUGAACUGGAAAACCCAGAGUGUGAUCUGCCUGUCUACGAUAACAGCUUUACAAGAUGUAUUGCGAUCCUGGGCAGUCUGAUCCCAUUUCCAGGAAAGCAUUACUGGGAGGUGGAGGUUGAAGAAGAUACAGAGUACAGAACCGGUGUGGCUUUUGAGAACACCCCAAGACAUGGUCACCUGGGAGCAAACAACUCAUCCUGGUGCAUGAGGCACAUCAUCACACCCUCAAGGCACAAGUAUGAAUUCCUGCACAGUGGGAUGACACCUGAUAUCAGAAUUACUAUUCCCCCGAGAAGGAUUGGCAUCCUGCUGGACUACGAGAACUGCAGACUGUCAUUUUUCAAUGCAGAUAUUGCCCAGCACCUUCACACAUUCAACUCACACUUCCAGCAUUAUGUCCACCCCUGCUUUGCACUGGAAACACCUGGUAUCUUAAGGAUACAUACUGGAAUUACAACACCCCCAUGGACUGCCCUGCCAUGACCUGUGUUCUGCAGCCACCACGCUUAAUGUGUAACCUGCCCUGAGCAAUGCCCUUUCAGCAUUAACUGCUCCAUCAAACUCCCAAUAAACCAGCUGCUUCCUCCCCCUAGUAAGAGCAAAGUGACCCUGACCCAAACCAGCUGCCAAGCCUGAGCCCUCAGUUUACAUCCUCUUGCAAAAAGGAUCUUAGCAAGAAGUCACCCAUCACCAUCCCAGAAUUCUCAUUAGAAAUGGACACCAACCUUCUCAGAGGAGAUGCUGUUACCACAGCCGUGGCAGCUGGAUCACACGUUCCCCCAACACCCACCUGAAGCCUAGGGAACUCCCCAGUUCCAAAGCUAUUGUUAAUUUUACUCCUGAGUCUACUCAAGAGCUAAAAACUUGACAAAAAACAAAAACAGCAAAAGGCAUAAUCACUGUACAGCUGCUGGAGCCAAAAACACUCCAGCCAUGAAGCAAUUGAUCUCCCACUCCAAUGUUCUUGUUGCUACAUGAAGCCUGUGACACAAGAUAAUCAAAUACACCUCCCCUGUGUGUGAAUUGUUAGUGCCUACGUACCCAGCGAGGCUUUCUGGAAUACCCAGUCUCAAAUAUGAGCCAUUUUUACAGAAUGCUUCUCACCCAUUCACCCAGGGAAAAAAAGGUAGACAGGCUUUUUGCAGUGCUUGAUGGUCCUUAUAGAAAACCCAAAAGCAUUUUUAGCUGCUUUUCAGCUAUGCUCACCUCCACUUUGGUGUAUCCUCCCUCCACAUUCAGAUCUCUUCUCCCCCAUCAGCACUGAAGAAUUCCACUCCAAUGCUGUGCCCUUGAAGCUUUGGGUGUGCAGUGAGGCUGGAAGGACUCUAGCCCAGCACGCAGUCGAGACAUCCUUGUUUGGGCUUCAUUUCCAGACACCAAUCAAGACUGGCCCUGCUUGUCAAGCAGGCUUGGCCAGUUCUGAACAGCCUCAUUCAUAUAUGUCAAAACUACCUGAACUCAAUCAAGAGUCAUUAGAGAAGCUUUUCCACAGAUUUAUUGUACAUUCAUUACAAAUAUCAUUGGUUCAAGUUUCCAUCUAGGGAAUCGCCAGGAACAAGCAGUGGCCUCUACAAUAUGCAGGGUCUCUACAAAUAAAUGCCAUUGGCAAAACUGAAGAGAUUUUACAUAGAA